AUGGCCAACCUGUGGUCACCUGAACAGCGCGUCACACCUCAGCAGUUAUUUUCUGUUUUAAGCGAGAAGUUCCACGACGUGGUAGAAAUAUACCCAGGCGAUUCCGAACGCGAGAAGCAGUUUGCGAAAAUGAGGUACUACUUGUGUGCCGUCAAGACAACGAUCAACGAAGCAGCGCAGUAUGCAGCGGCAUCGGAUUACCCGACGUACAUUGGCGUGCUCGGUCAUCAAAUUGAAAUGGGCCUGCGUCAUUGCUAUAAAUCAGUUCUUCCUGCCGACUAUCAGCUUUCUGUCCCUUUGUUUGAAGAUACCAUGAGUGAUGUAGAGUUUUUCACAGCGCUUGAGAACGACUAUAUCAACCGAGCUAACAACUCACCUAUACCCAUGCUUACAGCAGUAUCUAUUUAUCAUGAAUAUUUGAUCAUGGCCAAGUCUUACGUGCCCAAAUGCCCGAUGGAAGCGAGCGUCAAUACAGAAGAGCUGCUUCGUCGUUUC